AUGAACUUAGAUAUGCUCAGGAGAAAGCGAAAGGCUGAUGAGGCAUUCGAUCCCGAUUAUGAAUACGUUUAUGGUAUUGUCGGUACUGAAGGCAUCUAUAGCAUAGCAGAACUGAGUAUCGAAUUUCACGUACAGAGAUGCUCUCAAUGA